AUGGCUGUAAUGAAUGACAAAGCUUAUAUGUGUUGGGAUUAUUAUGGUGAUCAUAUGGAUGCGUGUAUGACAUUUGACGGUCACGUAGCAAGUAUUCUUGAUGCAAAAUCAAGAUUUGUUCACGAUUGUGGAGUUAUGUGUGCGAAAGAUAAUUCAAUUUAUGGAGGCGGAGGAAGAUUAAAUACGAGAGAAUUUGAACAAUUUAUCGACAAUGAAUGGCAUUGGACAGUAGAACUCAAUCAUCCUAACGAAAAUGGUCUAAGGGAUGCUUCUUGCAUCACAGUUGAUGAAGGUGUUUUGUUUCUAUCAUCGCGGAGUAUCGGAACAUACUUAUUUAAUACCGAGAAAAGAUCAUGGAGUUACGUCGGCAACCCGAACACCUACAAUCCGACAAUUCGAUACAUUCAUGGCAAUAUUUGGGCAUUUCAAGGACAUCAUAACGACUAUAAUGUUCAUCUUAUAUGGGAUGGAAAUUCAAUUCAAGAAGGAGAAAGAGUUUAUCUUCCGGAAAAAUAUAAAAUCAUGUUUCCAAUAGUCAUUGAUGAAGAUGAAUACAGUCAUAUUUGUUGA